AUGGUGCCAAGCCAGACACCGCCGACUGGACGCAUCGGACUAACAACAGAUAUCUCGGCUCGCGGUCCUGCGUCGAGUUCGAUUACAAACCCGAUCCCGCAAUCACGUCAACCACUGCCCCAAGGUGCCAUGGUACCCUCGCAAUCCUUACAGUCAAACCAAAAUGGUCUUUCGAGACCAGCAAAUGCUGCCUCCGAUGAUAUGAGUUCCGCGCCAAUGCCCCAUCAGCAGCUUCACAACCAAGGCCGUCAGCCGCAGCAGCACGCAAAUCAACAUCAACUCGAUCAGAGCUGGCCUCAUCAAGGCCAACCCGCCCCGCAGCAGAGAUCACCCCACCUGACCUCCGUCUAUCAGCAGCAGCGGCCAGUCAACGGUAGCCCAGGAGUGAAUGGUCCUGCUCGCGUGCUUCCUUCGCAGGUUCCCGUCCUUGCAAGCAACCACUUUGGCCCCAUGCGAACCAAACCCGCAGUUGCCAGGGCUUCGAGCGGUGGCCAUCUCGGGAUGUCUGACUCUACUACGCACAGCAAUCGAGUUCCCCUCCCAUCAAUCAACGCGCCACCGAUGAGUUCCCGCGAUGAAAGGUUUCAAGCGCACAAUGCUAGAAACAUGUCGCAACUGCCUACGCCGCGACCCGAAGACAUGGCGAGACAGGCUAUGGAUAUUCAGCGUUUAGCGAAGCGAAAGUCCGAUGCAAGUGAGGUGUCGGUCAGAGACACGGAUCUCAAGCGAGCCAGAAUCGAUGCUCCCCACUCGAUUGCGCCUCGGACAAUCACCUUCAAGGAGGUCUAUCAGGAUGGCAAGGCGGAAUAUAAGCACAACAUUGUCAAGUAUGACGACGUGUUCUACAUCUUGCGCUGUGAUGAGCACGGUGUGCACUUCAAGCAGAAUGCUCUCGCUGCCGCAGCAAAGCAUCUCCACGGCGCCUCGCACGGUCACCAGAGAAAAGAACAUAAGCUAGCUGUGGAGACGCUUGGGUUCCACGUGGUGGACUGUACGGAAGAGCUUGCCGCACUGAACAACGAAUGUGUGCGAAGGGCGUUCCAGAAUGGCUACAAGCCCCUGAAUCAGCUACACGGGCCGAAAUCUGGAGGCAAACGACUCUCGGUCGGCGCGUCGGUCGGCGCCGCGGCCGAAGUGGAUGUGGCUGGCGAACGGGUCGUAUCAGCAUCGCAGUCGCCUAUCCAGACUGCGGCGCAAGUUGUCGAGCUACAAGACGCCAAUGGACAGGAUGAAAAGGAGGAGGAGGCCAGGCAACAAGCCAGGCAGGAGACAAAACAGCAAGUCUCGGCGUUGACAAAGAAUAUUCUCAACCCCAAGGCAGGAGAGUUAUAUCAUGCCAAAUGGCCAAGGAGCAACAACCUCUACACUGUCAUGGUUCUCGGUUGGACAGACCUCAAAAUGUGUGGUUGGGAGGAGAAGCUGAGCCAAACGCAGCUCUGCGACAGGAAGAUUAGGCCAGCUUGCUACGUGUAUAACGACGAUGGCAUUGCUGGAUGGGCACCUGGCUUUGAGGAUGGCGAGGAUCGUGUCUUGGAAAGAGAUAUUCCCGUAUUGUGGUUCGAGUCCAAGGGGAAAACUCGCCUUGGCUGGUUGGGCAUUAAGUGGCUUUUGGGGCCCAUGGUCCUCGAUGAUCCGAACCGACCAGCUGAUCCCGACCAUCCAUCAAACCAGGCACGAAAAUGGUAUGCAGACAUUCGUGGGUACGACUCCUUCGAGGCCAUGCUCGUGUCAUCGGGCGCGGAGGGAGCGGUGCCUACGAAGGUACCAUCUUCCGCCUCGGCGUCUGAUUCGGAUUCGAUUCCGGAUGUAGACAUGUACGACUUUGGCGACAAUCCCCCACCCGUCGAUGAUUCGGAUGACGAAGACUACGUGGAAAGAACAAGCCACAAGGACAAGGAGUUGGAGGAAGAAAUGGUGGACGCAGAACCCCAGCCCCUCAGGCGGAGCACUCAAGAGGUGCGCCCUACUUUGCGGUUGGGCGAAAGCAGUUGGCUAUCGGGCAGACUGGAAGCUGCUGCCGGAACACGCCUAUCUGCUCAGAAGGACAUGCCGGCAACAGUCGGCAGCGAUGAUGUGACGAUGGAAGAUGCCAGUCAAGCAACUUCGUCAAAGAGUUAUGUCACUGGCGACGAAACACCCAAUACGACGGGUGUUAACGGUGGUUUGCUCAGCUUGGCACUCGGGACCCCUGCUAGCCCAAUCAGCGAGAGUGCUGUCAUGGUAGGUCUUUCCCAAUCGGCUACAAGAACCAAUGACGGCGCUUCUAAGAGUGUGGCGUCUCCGGAUUCAAUGCGGGACCCGGGUGGGCGUGCUGCGAUUUCGGAACCUUCAACAAGGGUCAACUCGUCUCAGAGACUCAACGAACAGGAGAGCGCAAGAAUGGACAGCCGAAAGGAUUUGCAGCAUGGGGAGACCGAGUCUCGGUUGGGUCAUGCAGCUAUGGCCAACCUCGCCCAGAGCGCCGUGAAGGCUGCGUCCAAGUCGCCAAGCUUGAGCAUGGAAGCCCCUCAGAUAAGCCCUGCCUUAAAUGUUGCCGACCUACUCAAUGACGCUACGACUCCUGAGAAAGUCGUUGGGCAGCCGUUAGUAUUCACUCAGGAUAAGCCCGCCGGGGCUCGCCGACCUCUGCCGUCGGGAUCCGUGCCAAAUUCUCGCUCGUCUGGCGUGGCAGUAAUCCAGCCAACGGCUCGGAAGCAUCCUGUGCCACAUAAACCAACCCUUGGGCCAAUCAGCAGUCAGAGGGAAGGUGUAAGUCAGCAGCCGUCGCCGGCUCUGUCUGUGCAAAGCAACGGCAAUAAGGAGGAGACGCCGGGAAUGCAACCCCCAAGAUGCGGUAGUGCCGGUAGCGCCGAGAGCAUGCCGCGGCGACCCGAUCCUCGCAUGAGCAUUAGCAACGCGGUGGAGGAUGACGGUGGUGAUAGGAUACGGCGGACGGAACUUAGCGUCCCCGAGAAAGACCACGGACCCGGCAGCGGCAUCUCAUCAGGCAACAACACGCCCAGAGUACUGACACACAUCAGCCUGGCCAACGAUGCACGGUGGAGGGCUGUUCGCGCGUCUGAAUCGCCGUGCAUGUCACCGGUCAUGAUGCCAUCGCCCGGUGUCGACCGAAGCGCGGCGGCAUCCCCUGCAUUGGACGGCAACAGAGAAAUGGACAAGACGAUCGACGUGGCCGAAUUCUACGAAGGUGACAAACACUGGGCGCGAGAGGGCGAGUUCCUGCAGUUCAUACUGGAGGGCGAGUCCGGCAGUGUUGCGAAGACUAAGAAGGAGGACGGCAUUGAGGUGACGGUGGACCCCUGUCUAGUCAAGGCAGCGCAUAUGACGGGGUCAGAAGUAAGGUUGAUACUCAAGACGGGUGGCGACCAGCGAUUCGUGUUUAGCGGGAAUACGCUUACGGGCAGCCACCGCGGAGCCAAGCUGCAGAUGACCAAGUUCUAUCGAUGGGUGACGGCCAACAAUGCAGACAUUGAGCACAUUGGCUAG